AUGGAAGAACUUACCAAGCAGAACCAGGAGAUGAGUUUGCAGGAGAUGAGGUUGCGGCUUCAACAAGAGGAGAACCGGUCUAGGACCAAUCAGGAAGACGAGGGAGAUAGUCAUAAAAGGAGCGAUCGUCGAAGACCAACUACUCUAGAUGAACCUAACUCAGAUCUUCUCCGGGAAAUGAGAAAGGAGAUGGACAAGUUGAGGAACGCCAUUAAAGGGAAGACAGAUCGAAGCCUAGAUAGAAUGGUCAGGACGACGAAUUCACCUUUUACGGCGACAAUCUUGGAAUGCCCAGUGCCGUCAAAAUUUCGCCUGCCUCAGGUUGAACCAUUUAACGGACUUAAGAACCCCCUAGACCACUUCAACACGUUCAAGACGACACUAGGCUCUUUCCCCACCACUCUCAAAGGAGCUACAAGGGAGUGGUUUACGAAGUUACCAACAUCAUCCAUUGACAGCUUUGAGCAGUUGGGCAAUUCCUUUCUACGCCACUUCAUUGAAGGACAGCACCCGAGGAGGCCAGCAAACCACUUACUCACCAUCAGACAAGGAGAGAAAGAGACCCUGAGGUCGUACAUGAAGCACUUCACUCGAGAAACUUUAGAGGUAGAUAAAGCUGAUGACAAGGUGCAGAUAACAACCUUUAAAGCUGGAUUGAAAUCCAAGGAGUUCAUGGUCUUACUCGAGAAGAAUCCUCCAAAGAUGAUGGCAGUAAUACUCCUGAAGGCACAGAAGUACAUGAACGUGGAGGACACCUUAGCCGCGAUAAAGGACAUAGAGAAGUCCAUUGAAAAAGGAAGGAAGGAAGACGACCGAAGAGGGCGAAAAAGGGAGCGCUCAAAUCGUCAGACUAACGACGGGGGUAAAAGGAAAGACGAAGAAGCCCCUCGAAUGCUAAAAUUCACCCCUUUAGUUUUGCCUGUUGACAAAAUUUUGGCGCAGAUUAAAGAUGAGCACUCUCUCAAAUGGCCAAGGCCAUUACAUUCAUCACUCAAUGUGCGUGACAAGAAGAAGUAUUGUCGUUUCCACAAGGAUCACGACCACUACACAGAGGACUGCAAGGACCUAAAGGAGCAGAUAGAGGAACUCAUACGAAAAGGAAAACUACUGAGGUUUGUGAAGAAGGGGGAACCUAGUAGGUCUAGAGAUGAUAACAAGGACAAAUUUGAAGCCUCACCAAGAGAUGAGGACUACACGUCCCAACGUCCACCAAAUGUGAAUGAGGAGAUAAAGACGAUCACAGGCGAGCCAUCUACAAGAGGGUCGUUCAGAUCCCUCAAGAAAGCAUAUCAGAGGCAGGUGAACAGCGUCUACAGAAUACCCCUUUGA